GCAGAAAAAUGUUUAGUUUAGCAGAAUUCGAAGUCUUCAUAGUUAUUAUCAAGUUGGCCGAACACGAGACUUAACGAAAAUGCCAUCAGGAUUGAGCAAGUUUAGCUCUGUCUCUCAUAAAUCUUGCUACUUGUUCUCUAACCUAAUUGCAUCCUGGUCCCUUUUUCAUUGAUGAAAUUUGGGUUCUACGACCUCGAGGAUAUCUACAUUUCAACGCUACAUUCAACAGUUUCAUAAACAAUAUCUUGAGUUUAUAACCUUACAAAAUGGCUCUAACAAACAAUUGGGAGAAUAGCUGCAGACUUUGCUCUGAGCAGAAGAGUGAAAUGUUACCUAUAUUUGGAGAAGAGGGUCUUCAACGUAAGGUUGCUCAGAAGUUACGAGCAUGCUUACCGGUAAUGGUUUACAAAACCGAUCCACUGCCUAAACAAAUUUGUCAGUUUUGUGCAGCGAGAUUAGACGAUGCGUAUGAAUUUAGAGAGUAUUGCUUGAAUGUUUAUAAGAGUAUGCAUAUAAAACUACUUACACUCAGAGAGUCUGAAUCAGUGCAAAUAUUUUUGGAUGCUAUGAGAAACUCUCCAGAUCCUUGUCAGGUACAACUGUGCAAAGAGAAAUCUAGAGCUCCACCACCAUUGGUUCCUUUACCAGCAACACUGCCAAUUGAAAGUCCUUCUACUCCAGUCAAUUUUAUGGAUACCGUUCAAUCAAAUAGUUGUAUCGAACCUUUGCCAGAAUUACCAUGUGAGGUUCAAAUAAAAGAAGAACCCACAGAUGCAAUUCUUAAAGAUGAUAUAGCAACAGAAGAUUUGCCUGAUUUUGAGAGAAGUUCGAGAAGUAUAUUUGAUGAAACAGGAUCCAUGGAAGACAAUAAUAUACUGCUUGAGGAUCGUCUGAAUGAUCCUCAAAAUGGAAAAUCAAAUACCAAAAGGGAAGAGAAGCGAACUAGCAUAUUAGAACAGGUGCUAACGGGUAGUUUAACAUUAAACGACCGUAAAGAAUUGAAACCAAGGGUUGGUCUUAGUUCCCAAUGGUGGUGUUCACCAUGUAAUAAUUAUUAUAGAACAAAGGAGAGCUUAAUGAAACACAUGAAUCUAAAUUGUCCUCGUAAAUAUACGUGUAAAACGUGUAACUCCGUCUUCGAAACAGUGGAAGAUCUUGCGAAACAUGAGGGUAGUGAUCACCUAAAAAUUAUUCUAGACUUCGAGAAAUCCCUCAAAUCAUGUAAUCAGUGUGAUCGUGAAUUCGUUAGCUGGGAAAUGUUGCGACAUCACAGACUACGUGAUCACCAAUCCACCACGUCGGUACUUGGAUCGAAUACCUGGUGCCCACUUUGCAAUAGAUUUUUUCCAAAUGCCGAAUUGUACGAAGUCCACAAGAUGCUUCAUGAACCAGAAUCUCUUUCACAGUCAUCGAUACUACCCACAAUUUCAGUUCCUCCAGUAGAAGAGCUACAGCGAGAGCUUAAAAGAGAUCAUUUUGCUGAAUGUGUCAAGUCACUAACUUGUCCCACCUGUGGAAAGGUAUGUACGCAGCAGAGUGCACUAUCUAAUCACAUGCGAACUCACGAGCCAAAAAAAUACAAGUGUGAAACCUGUGGCCGUUCUUUUGGACUUUUUAUACGGUUAGCAGCACAUCGACUUAGUGAGCAUAAUCAGCAGCCAGUGAUGACUCCUGUUAUGGCUAGUGUAGAACAGGAAGAAGCUCUGAAUGCUGAAAGAGAAGCUAGGGAAGCUAGGGAAGCCAGAACUCGUGGAAGAACUAGGACUUAUUCAGAGAUUGUAGAAGACAACGGCGUUCCUAUCGACGGUCAACCAUCUGCAAAGCGUAACAGUCAAUUAAAUAGUAGUGGAUCAAAGAACGUAGCGCGCUGUGGUAUCUGUUCGCAAUGGUUCAGCGAUCACACAACGAUGUUGACCCACUUGCAGACUCACUCGGAUAGUUACGUGUACAAGAGUUUCAGUUGUCGUGUGUGCAAAAAGAGUUUUAAAGAAAAAUGGCAGCUUCUCAGGCACGAGGUGUCUCAUAAACGUGGAAGUUUAACUGUCCAUUCAUGUUCCACGUGUAAUAAAACCUUCACGGAUAAGGCACAGCACAAAGCACACGUAGCUACGCAUAUUGUUGAUAAGACCUAUCACUGUCCGAAGUGCAAUAAGAUUUUCUUCAAAGAAUUAUCAUUAAUGGCACAUCAGUGUCCUGGGAAGCCACUGUUUGGUAAGAGGUCUGCUUCGCAGAAAUCUCAGUCCCAGUUUAGUACCUCGAAGAACAGAUAUAAGUGCUCCAAAUGCAGUGCCACUUUCACGAAUUCACAAUCUAGGAAUUCUCAUAUGAGAGUGCAUACAGAGGCUCACGCGAUGAUGCAAGUGAAGAAGCAAGAAUUAAAAAAGGAAUUAGGAAUGGAAUCGAUGCCAAAACUUUCACCGGAAUCAUCCCCCGGUACAUCAAUGCUACUUGAACCUAAAGUAGAAAUUAAAGAAGAAAGUACACCAACACCUGUCAAAAGGACACUCAUAAGAACACCUGGAGGAUAUCGUUGUGGUGUCUGUCAGUCGCCAUUUGUUCUACGCGAAUUAGCUGUGGCUCAUUUAAGAUCAGCUCAUCCUGUGAUGCCGUAUCAAUGUCCAUAUUGUAAAAAGCGGUUCACAACACAGUAUACAUUUACGCAUCAUAUUAAGACAGAUCAUCCAGACGAGUCUGAGAAGUAAAAAAUCAAUGGUUUUAAUUCUUUUUACAUGUUUAUGAAAAACAAAAGGGUUUAACGUAGAGCGCACUAAUGAGCAUUCGAAUAGGCAGGCUUUUCACGUCUAUGUCAGAAAAUCAGGAAACUGCAGAAGUUUACAUAAAAAAAAAUGGAUUCAAAGUUUUAUUCUUUUUCUUUUCAAAUUAAUGACAAUAUUCUUAUAUGAUAUUGGUGUUCGCAUGUUAACUACAAGAAAUACUUAAAAACGUAGUAUGGUUGACAUAUCUUGAUAUUGUGGCUUCAUAAAUUUUCUGCAAUCAGUUAAAUUUUAAACUGGAAUUGUCUGCCGCUCUGGGUAUAAUUUCUCAGUGAGAAAUUGAAAAUAAGCGUUCCCGUAGUUUUCUAUGAACUAAGCCUUAACAAUCGUGGUCCACAUUGGACGAACAGUGUAGACUAAAGACUAAUACGUAGUGUCUUACGUGCUGUAGGAAAUAUAUUUAGUAUUUAUAUAUAUGGAUAUAUAUAUACGAUGGCUGAUAUAGUAUAUUUUUUACUACCGUGUUUGCCUGAAUGUUAAACUUAUUGGACUCAGAAUUAUCCUUCUACGUUUAAAUCAGUAAUUGGCAAGAGAGGGUGCUUCUCUAUUAUGAACAUCGCAAUGGAUUUUAAAGGCAUUGCAAAAACAUGGAAUAACGGUUCCAUAUAAUUUUAUAUUAAUAUUUUCUAGCUACUUUAUAGAUGCAGGCAGAUACGGUACCAUUGAUUACAAAGUGAAAAUAAUUGUAGGAUCUGCUUGUGGUCUCUACCUACUGCCAGUGUCCACUUUCUUAAAUUGAUCCUUACAUUUAUACUAUAAACCCACAAUAUUUCUUUAGAUAAGUGGUAAUUGGUAUAAGAGUCGAUCUCCAAUAAGAAACCAAUAAACAUUUAGUUUUCAUA